AUGGCAGAUCAAGCAGUCAACGAGUUGCUUUCCACCCAAAAGGCUGAUGCCUUGGGACUCCAGGUCGUCCUCCAUCCCCUGCCCGUCCUGGAGAUAUCUGACUAUAUUGCCCGGGCCUACCAGCGCGGUCUACAAGGCGCUGUUGUUGGUGCACUGCUAGGUCAGCAGGAUGGCCAUCAAGUCACUAUCGAGUUCAGCUUCAGCUGCAAAACGGUCAAAAAUGAUGAGGGUCUCUUUGAGCUGGACCAGGAGUGGUUCAAGCAGCGGUUAGAGCAGAUGAGGACGGUCCACAAGAACCCUCCUCUUGACCUGGUUGGGUGGUACUCCCUGGUGCCUAAGACCGGUCCUACACGUUACCACCUCCCUAUUCAACGCCAAAUCAGCGCCGUCAACGACUCAGCCAUCCUUCUUGGCUUCCAUGUCGAGGAUAUUAUCAACCCCGCCCCGGGAGACCCUCUCCCCAUCACAAUCUACGAGACCCUGAUGGAAGCCGAAGAGUCGAGGGAAAACGACGGGGAAGACAAGGAGAUGAUGGAUGUCGAGGCGGCCGCUAAGAUGGUGCUGCGCUUCCGCAAGCUGCCCUACGUCACCGACACAGGCGAGGCCGAAAUGAUCGCACUGAAGUACAUCCGCGAGGGCGGCGCCAACGCGACCGCCGAACCCAGCGACAGAAGUAUGGUGGAGCAAUUCGAGAAAAAGAUCGCCGUCGACGACGGCAAGGGCAAACGCCGUGCCGUCGCCUAUGAGGAGAGCAGCCAAGCCAAGAAGGAAGCCUCUUCCUCCGCCACAAACACUCCGACCAACGAACAGCAGCAGCAAUCUAACCCCGACGUUAAUCUCAACCGCGAAGAAACAGAGUACAUGUCCGCCCUGCAAGCCAAAUAUAACGCCAUCAAGAUGAUGAAGUCCCGCCUAGCCCUCGUCAUCGCAUAUCUGGCCCAACUCCCACCCGCCUUCAAACAAGGGUACCAAACCACCGCCAACGCGGCAGCCGACGCCCGCGCGACCCACGGCGUCCACACCAUCCCCUCUAAUACCAUCCUCCGCCAAUUGCAAGCCCUCCUCACCAACGCCGACCUCGUCACGCCCUCGACGACUUCCCCCUCAGACUCGCAACCCUCUGCCCUGGCACAAGAACUCCAGCGCGAGGCAAACGACGUGCAGCUCAUCUCUCUCGUCAGCGAUCUCCUCUCUAGUGUGAGCGAGAUCCGCGAGGCGGGCAAGAAAUUCUCCGUGCUGGAGGUCGCGCGCAUGCAGCGGCAAAUGGGACGUGCCGAUCCCCGCGAUGGCGGUGGUGGGUUCGGGGAUAUGGAGUUUGAUCCUAGGAUGUUACUGGGCGGUCGGAGAGGAGGUGGUGGGUUUGGAGGGAUGGAAGGGGUUGGGGGACCGGGGUUCGGGAGCAGCAGUGCGGCAGCUGCCAUAAUUUAG